AUGAGAAAAAAAUUCUCUCAUUUAUUCCCAAACAUUCUGCAAUGCAUACUCCCCAUACUCUUCUUUUUCCUCCUAUUUUUCAAAGGCUCAUCAUGUGAAGGACCCAACUUCAACAAGGCAAUGCGAACCCAAGUCAAGCAAUUUUUGGAAGCAAGUUUAAAAGAUAUUCAUAAAUACAACAAUGACUAUGCUCUUCUACACCUGUUCAAUGGCCUUUCACUCUACGACGAUCAUUUUCGAUUUGGAGGGAUUUUUGACUAUUGUAUUGAGAAAGGAUAUAUAGCUGCUGACCAACCAUAUAAUCCUAUCAUAUUCCACUACAAUGUAAAUAUGGAGAUGCUGACUUAUGCCAGUGAUUAUAUAAACUGCGUUGAUAGCAUAUAUGAAGCAACAAUCAAAGUCAACCUCGAGGCAUACAAUAUGACAGGUUUUACAAAAUGAACAUCGCGCACGUGAAUUCCUUUAUGCAUUCAUGCUUACAAAGCCUAUAU